AUGAAGGUUCUGUACACGAAUGCAGCAGCUAGUGUUGAGGAGUGGAUCACCAAUGCUGAAGCUUCCCUAGAUUCUUCUGCUAGGAAGAUUGUUGGUCUUGAUGUUGAGUAUGAUAAACUCAGUGGAACCUAUUUCAAUCCGAAGAAAGCCGUCGGGCCAGCAAUUCAACCCCCGGAUGGGCCGUCGUGGGGUAGGCCAGCAGCCAGCAGCCUAGUAGAGGACAGCCCAAAAGAGGAGGAUAUCACCAGCAGCCCAUUAAAAUGGUACACUUUUGCUGGGUUUUGCGUCGCAGAAGACCGCACCAUUCUGUCACGUUCAAAGUACUAUGUUCAUAAUGUGAAGGAUAUCCAGGCAAUAUGGAGAGAUCCGGACAACAGGAAGAGAACUCAAGGUCUGAAGGAUGUUGCUGGAGCUAUUAUAGAUCCAAUCUAUUUUGAGAUGAAGGAUGGUUUUGGAAGGGCAGAGCACAGGAUGUGGGCUGAUCCGCCGCCUCUACCGCCUAAGCAUUUGGAAUAUGCUGCACGGGAUGCAUAUGCAACGUAUGAGGUUUUUCGGAGGCUGGAUGUGUUUGAGAGGGGCUUCUUCUCCUUAUUCAAACAUCCCGAGAAGAAGCGUGGCAGGGAUUGGUGA